AUGGAUAAAUGGAUAUAUAUGCUUACAGUUUUUGCCGCACUAAGUUGGCAGCUGUGUCUGGUGAGCAGCAAAUGCAAUGAAUGUCAGUCCUCGAAUGAUGUGGCAUGCAUCAACCAGACCUCGUUUCACAUGUGCUAUGGUGGCAUCAAACCAAAUACGGCUCAGACCUUUACCUGUCCGGAAGGUUUAGUCUGCACGGAACAGCCGAAUAUUUGUUUCCAGCGCACCGAGACACCCUCUAGUUGUGGCGACACCAGCAGCUGUGGCCUGUGCAACAAGAACAAUAAGUUUGCCUGCACCUCGUUCAACACGUUCGCCUUCUGUUAUGGUGCCCCAACCCCCUCCACUGAGAAUGGCACCUGCCCCACCGGACGAUUCUGUGAUGCCUCCAAUGCAAAUAUUUGCGUCUCUAAAGCCACAGUUGACUCUAUCAUAUGUCAUCUGGAUUAGAUGAUAGGAUUACCAGAAUGCAUAUCAUUAUCACUCAUUUACUUCUAUACAAGUAUGUUACGCGAGUCUUAGUAUUAAGAUCGGGGAACCAAACCGGAACAAAUAUCGGUUCCGGUACGUCCCGAAACAACUAUUGCGGUAAAAGAUAUACAUAUUUCGGCUUUUUCCUUUCGGUUCCGG